CUAUGGUUGUGAGUGCACAUAAACAUUGGAGCGCAUAACUUCACACUACUGACAGUCGUAAACAUUAAACAGUAAUAGGUUAAUCUUAAUUUCUUCGUGCUAAAUCUGCUAAAUCAACAUUGGUGUGGUUUACUUAAAGGAAGAUUAAUCAGAACAGCUUAGGAUUAAAUUACAUUAUUUGUGGUGUCAGACAUGGGGUUCUUUUCCAGCUGCUCUCGAGCUCUGCUGUUUAUUUUUAACUUUAUUUUUUGGCUGUCAGGUGCAGCCAUCUUAGGUGUGGGAAUAUGGAUUCUGGUUGACCCCCAACUUAAAGAUUAUAUGAAACUGAUCAAAGAUGGUACGCAGGAUGAAGAGUUUCUCAAGACAUCUGCUUAUAUUCUCAUCGGCUUUGGUUCCUUUGUAUUUCUUGUUGGCUUCUGUGGCUGUUGCGGGGCCAUUAGAGGCAGCAAGUGCUUGCUGGGAUUUUACAUUUUUUUCCUGGUUGUAGUGUUUGCAGGAGAACUGGCUGCUGGCAUCUAUGUAGCUGUAUUCAAAAAUGAUAUUGAUAGCAAAUUGAAGACUGGCUUGGUGGAUUCCAUCAAGAAAAACUAUGAAGGUGAUAUGCAGACCACAUGGGACUUAGUGCAGAAAGAGCUAAAAUGCUGUGGUGGAGAUUCUUACUUGGAUUAUCAGAACAGUACAUGGAGCCAUAAGCAGUCAUCUGAUGUCAAGAUUCCAGAGAGCUGUUGUGAAUUGGUGAAUGGAGUAGACAGAAAUAAAACUCUCUGCAUGGAAGCCACAGCUGGUUAUUUCUACACAAAAGGCUGCCGUGAAGCUUUGUUGGACUGGGUGAACAGCCACAGUGCAAUAUUGAUUGGUGUAGGCUGUGGUAUUGCAGGUCUUGAGAUCAUUGGUUUGAUUUGUGCAAUCUGUUUCUGUCGUCAUAUUGACAAAGACAAAUACGAAAGCUAAUUCUUUCCUGAAAGUCUCUGCUCUUUGGAAAACUGAACGAUAAGUGAGGGAAACACUGCACUCUCUGGAAGGACAUGACUUGUGCUUGUUUUAAAAACUGUCUUUUAAAUGGCUUAUUAAAGAAUAGUAUAUCUCUACGUAUGUGAUAAUAAUGAUAAAAUUGUGAAUAUAGCUUAACUAGCAUUUUUGUAAGAUAAGCCUAUUUUUAAAAUUAAUUGUUAGUCAUAAUUAUGUAAGCACAAUGAUCUUCCAUUUAGUCUAAAUAUAAAUUGGUAGCUGUAUCAUUUCUUACAGACUUGUUUCCUUUAAACAUGCUAAACUGUGUCUAGUCUUAGAUUUUAGAAGCAACUAUUUAUUGGUUAAUUUUAGUAUGAGAAGUUAGUACUAUAACUAUAUAACUUUGUGAAGUUUAUUGUUUCUUGUACAUUGCUGUUAUAUUUAAAAUAAUAACUUGAAAAUGUAAGCUUAUUUUAAAUUUCAGUACAAAUUUGAAAACAUUAUUAAUUUUUUUUUAAUGUUCAACAGUGCAUUAUAAAAUGUGAUAGAAAACAAAAAUUAUCAAAAAUA